AUGGACCAGGUAAUCCUUUCUGAUAACCACACUGCUAUCAUCCAGCCUGGAGCACGGCUGGGACACGUCUCUGUGGAAUUGUUCAACCAAGGCCGGAGAGCAAUUCCCCACGGAACCUGCCCUGGCAGAGUUGGUAUCUCCGGACAUGUCUUGCACGGCGGAUACGGCAGGGCUUCACGCACUCACGGCCUUACUCUAGACUGGUUAAAGAGCGCCAAGGUGAUUCUAUCUGACGGUUCCAUAGCAUAUUGCUCUGCGACAGACAAUACAGAUCUCUUCUGGGCAAUACGAGGUGCUGGGUCAUCCUUUGGCAUCGUCACUGAAUUCGAGUUUGACACAUUCAUGCCGCCAGAGAAUGUCACUGUUUUCGCCAUCGACAUGCCCUGGAGCGAAUCAGGCGUGGCUGAAUCCCUGAAGGCAGUGCAGAGUCUUUCAUUGACGGCUCGGGAGGAGCUUAACCUUGCCUUUGAUGUGACCGCAUCUAGCCAGGCCAUUCGCGGGUUGUACUUCGGCGAUGAGCAUGGACUCGUUCAAGCACUGCAACCCCUCUUGACAAAUCUCAAAACACAAUUGUCUGAUAUUAAAUCUGUCGAUUGGCUGGAAGGACUAGAGUAUUUUGCAGAAGGUGAACCAUUGGUCCGGCCGCAACCAUACAAUGUGAUUAAUGCGUUAGUAUCGACCCUCUUUACCAACAUUAAUGACACUAAUGCACGUCAUUCAUGGGAUGUACUUUUUGAGUUGCACGGUGGCCCAAAGUCAGCGGUUUCUCAGACUGACUUAGCCGCUACAUCUUAUGCCCAGCGUGACAAGGUCCUUCUCUGGCAGCUCAAUGCUUUUGGAGAGAAUGGAAAAUUACCCCGUGAGAGUUUCGUAUUCCUCAAGCAAAUCACGGAUAGUGUUACACAGUCCAUGGCAGACGGAGAUUGGGGCAUGUAUGCCAAUUCUAUCGACACCCAACUGGACGGCAAUACAGCACAGAAGCUAUAUUGGGGAGAUAACCUACCUCGACUACGGAAAAUCAAAGCGCGACUUGACCCUAGUAACGUGUUUUGGAAUCCACAGGGUAUAUCCCCAUCGGCCUAA